GACCUCAUUUCUUUACAGGUUUGCACCAUGGAUCGAACCACGGUCCUACUAACCGUCCUGGGAUUCUUACUCAUCUGUGUCACCUCAGACCCUGUUAAAAAGCAGCGAGACGUCGACAUCUACAGCUUCCACAUCAAUUCUACGGUGACCAGCCGCUACGCCUUCACGGUCAUCACCAGCCGCGUGGCCAACCGGCUCAAUGAGUCCAAAGAAAUUCAUUUCGAGGUUAAAAUGCCCAAGAAUGCUUUCAUCAGCAGGUUCAGAAUGACCAUAGACGGGAAGAUUUAUAAUGGCGUGGUGAAGGAGAAAGAAGAGGCGAAGCAGCAGUACAGUGAGGCCGUGUCUCGAGGAGAAAGUGCCGGGAUGGUCAGUUCAGUAGGACGGACUCUGGAGGAGUUUAAAACUUCAGUGACGGUGGCCGCUUUCAGCAAAGUGACCUUUGAACUCACCUAUGAGGAGCUGCUGAAGCGUCGACUUGGUCAAUACGAGCUGCUCAUCAACGCUCAGCCCAUGCAGCCGGUGGCAGAUUUCAAGAUUGACGUUUACAUAAACGAGGGUCCAGGUUUGUCCUUCCUGGAGGUGAAAGGAGGGUUGAAGACUGAAGAUCUGUCCAGCGCGAUCACCAGCACUCAGGCCGCGUCCACCCAAGAGGCGUGGGUAACGUUCUACCCCACCCGCGAGCAGCAGACCCAGUGUUGUGGAGAAGAGGGACUAAACGGAGACCUGCUCAUUGUCUACGAUGUGAAGAGACAAACACCCAGCGGAGAACUUCAGACAUCAAACGGCUACUUCGUCCACUACUUUGCUCCCACGAAUCUUAAGCGCAUCCCAAAAAAUGUGGUCUUUGUCAUCGAUCGGAGCGGCUCCAUGCAUGGCACAAAAAUGGCACAGACUCGCUCGGCACUGCUGAAGAUUUUGGGCGACCUCGGUGAGGAGGAUUUCUUCGGCCUGAUCACCUUUGACAGUAGUGUGGACGUCUGGAAACACGAACUCUUGCCGGCCACAGAGACAAGACUGGAAGAGGCUCGAACCUUCGUGCAGAACAUUGUAGAGCGAGGAGCCACGGACAUCAAUUCUGCAGUGCUAAAAGGGGUCGACAUGAUACAGCAAUUCCCACGUGAGGGCACCGCCUCCAUCCUCAUCCUGCUGACUGAUGGAGACCCCACUUCAGGUGAAACAAACACAAACAAGAUUCAGAGAAAUAUAAGGAAAGCCAUCGGGGGUAAAUUCCCUCUGUACUGCUUGGGCUUCGGAUACGACGUGAACUUCGAUUUCCUGGAUAAAAUGGCCCUGGAGAAUUCCGGCCUCGCUCGCAGGAUCUACGAGGACUCGGACGCCGACCUCCAGCUGCAGGGUUUCUACGAGGAAGUGGCCACGCCUCUCUUAACUGACGUCCAGCUGAAAUACAGCGGCGCGGGCAACCUCACCAAGUCCAGUUUCAGCCUGUACUACAACGGCUCAGAGAUCGUGGUGGCCGGUCGGAUCGCUGACAACAGUCUGGAGACCUUCCAAACGGAGGUCAUCGCCGUCUCGAAAAACGAUAACGUGACGUACCAGGACUCAGUGUCGACCAAAGACGUGAUCGACCUUCUGCCACAGCAUGAACAUUUCAUCCAGAGACUCUGGGCGUACCUCACAGUCAAACAGCUCCUGGAGAAAAAAGUGACGCUGAAAGGAGAGGAGAAAGAAGCAGCCACGAAACAAAUCCUGGAGCUCUCGCUCAAGUACAAGUUUGUGACCCCGCUCACGUCCAUGGUGGUCACCAAGCCUCAGGAGGGAGAGACUCAGGUCGCCCACAAACCCAAAGAAGGGGCGUCACAACCAUUAGAAAGACCCGGCGGUAGCGGAUAUAAAAUAGCAAACUCUCCAGCAGGUUCACAUCCAGGUGCUCCGGUUUCCUCCCACUAGUCCAAGGACAUGCUGUGUGUGUGUGUGUGUGUGUGUGUGAUGGACUGGUAACCUGUCCGGGGCGUUUCGCCCAGUAAAUCAGACCCACCGCGACCCUGAAUAGGAUAAAGCCGAGCUAAAAGAGACAGUAAAUGAAUGAAUCAUGUCAUAAUUAUAAUAAUGAAUGUAAUAAGGUACAGAUUAAUGUGGUUUAUAUUUGUAAAUACUGUGUAUUGAAAAUAAAACGUAUUUGUUUGA